CUCCGCUCGCGCCGCGGGGGAGGCGGGCCGCCGGCAAGCUCCGCCCCCGCCGGGGUCACGCGACGCCUCCAUCCCCAUUUCCGUCUGCCCCUCGCGCUCGUGGGCCCCGCCGUCGCCGCGCGGCCGGUGCGGGCGGCCUCGCUGGACCAUGGCUGAGCAGCGACAAGACAAGGCCGCGCUGAUAAGCGAGACUCGGCGGCGGUUCGAGGCGGAGCACCUGCCAGAUAAAUCGGAUAAAUAUGAUUCUAGAGAUGUGGACAGACUUCAGCAAGAUGACAAAUGGGUUGAAAACUAUCUGAUUUGGCGUCAUGAUGUUGUGGAUGACACGUUAAAGAUGAUUGAUGAAAGCUUUCAGUGGAGGAAAGAAUACAGAGUUAAUGACUUGACAGAAUCUGUCCUUCCAAAAUGGUUAUUUGAAAAUGGUUCUCUCUUUCUGCAUGGAUAUGAUAAAGAGGGCUAUAAAUUAUUUUGGUUCAAAGUGAAGCAUCAUACAAGAGAUCCUAAACAGCAGCUAGAGAAAAAGAAACUGGUAGCUUUUUGGUUAGAACAUUAUGCCAAGAGAGAUCAUGGAAAGCCCUUAACAGUGGUAUUUGACAUGGCUGAAACUGGAAUCAGUCACAUAGACUUGGAUUUUGUUCGGUUUAUUGUCAACUGUUUCACAGAUUAUUACCCAAACUUCCUCACAAAGAUAGUGAUCUUUGAAAUGCCAUGGAUAAUGAAUGCUGCUUUUAAAAUUGUGAAGGGUUGGCUUGGCCCAGAUGCAAUAAGCAUGUUAAAGUUCACCAACAAGAAUGAUGUACAAGAAUAUAUCAGUGGAGAGUAUCUACCACCUCACAUGGGUGGAACUGAUUCCUUCAAGUACAGUUAUCCUCCAUUGGUUGAUGAUGACUUUCAAACUCCUUUAUGUGAAAAUGGGCCCAUUACUAGUGAAGAUGAGCAUGAAAGUAAAGAAGAGAUAGAUGCGGACACCAAGGAAACUGGGGAACUGAAUGAAGCACAAAACCUUAAUCAGAAAAAGAUGAAUUCUAUAGAACAAAUUUCCAAAUCAGAGGAAACUGACAAAACAGAGAUCAAACCAAAAAAUGCAAAGAAAGCAUUAACUACUUUUAAAGGACCUUUAUUACAUAUCAGCCCAGCAGAAGAGCUGUAUUUUGGAUCCAAAGAAACCGGAGAGAAAAAAUGUUUGAUAGUUCUCACAAAUGUCACUAAAAAUAUAGUGGCUUUUAAGGUAAGAACAACUGCUCCUGAGAAAUACAGAGUUAAACCCAGUAACAGCAGCUGUGAACCUGGCACAUCACUGGAUAUAAUAGUUUCUCUUCAUGGUGGUUUUGCAGCUUCUCUGCAAGAUCGUUUCCUUAUAAUGGCAGCAGAAAUGGACUUGUCUUCUGGAGCAGGUGUACCAGAACUUACUCAGUUUUGGAAAGAAGUCCCUAGGACCAAAGUGAUGGAACAUAGGCUCAGGUGUCAUGUUGUAGAAAGUAGUAAGCCUUCUUCUCUGACAUUGAAAGAAAACGCAUUUAAUAUUCCAGCAAAAACCAAUGAAGAUUUACAUAUACAGCUAACUCGUUUACUACAGAUUAAUAAAAGACUUCAAGAGCAGAUUGAUCGCUGCCUCUGGUUCCAGCAGUUGACAGUUGUUUUAUCAUUACUAUCAGUUACCGUUUUUGCCUUCUGCUUCUACCUGACAUGUAUCCAGAGAAGCUAAAAAGAGUUGCUGUUCACUGGAUGUGCUGCCGAUCAUGGUUGGUUGGAAUGGAAGAGAUUGCAGUGCUGCGCUCGGAUUCUGAAACUGCCAAAAUGUUGUUUGUGAUCCCUCAACAAUGAAUGAUGAUAUAAUUUGCUGAAAAAAAAAAAAAAAAAAAGAAGAAA